AUGCUGUGCCUGGCUCCCACCCCGAUCGUGGCGUCGCCGUUCCUGGUCGGCGAGGCGGAGCUCGGCGAGCUGGCGCGCCGCUGCUCCGCGGACUGGAUCCGGUCGCUGCCCCCGGAUGUGCUCGACCCAGCCGGCAGCGCCCCGGUGUCGCUGGAGAUCUUGAACGGUGUGAAUGGGGUCCUGGGCAGUCUCAAGCAGCCGAGCGCGUGGAACAGCGUCCACCCGGACAACCCGUGCGGCGUGCUCCGGCUGCGGGCGCGGCGCGGCCACGCGAGCGGCGAGACGCACGGCGGGCCGGCUCACAACGACGAGGGCCUCGAGGAGGGGAUGGAGCUGUACCGGUCUGAGGGCAGCGACUGGUGUGUCCGGCUGUGGGAGAUCCCGGAGGAGCUCGGGCUGACUGGGCCCGUUCUCGUGGGGGACACCAUCGGGACCGGCACGACGCUGGCGGGUGUGCUCGGCUGGCUCACGGAGAAGAUGGCCGCAGCCAGCUGCGUGCAGGACGUCCAUGUGUUCACGAUCGCCGGCGCAGCCGCCUGGGGCACCGACGGUGGCGCGCUGAAGAAGCUCGCCCCGGUUGACGAGGCACUCGCGGCGCACGGCAGGCAGCUGACGGUGACCUUCUGCAACGCUCGAUUCGCGCUGCAGCACAACGCACCGGCCUGA